AUCAGUUUCCACUUUCACUUUUAGGAGUGAAGGGAUCAAACAGAGCUCUCAGUGAAUACAUCGAAAUGAAGCUAGCUGUUGUCUGCCUUAUUGCGAGCAUCGCGCUCUUAAGCAGUGCUGAUCUCUGUUUAGCUGAUUGCGGCUGUCCUCCAGAAACAACACCAGAACCAACAACACCAGAACCCUGUGAAACAACAACGACGCCAUGCCCAACAACAACAACAACGACAACAACACCAUGCCCAACCACAACGACAACAACGACAACGACACCAUGCCCAACCACAACGACAACCACAACGACACCAUGCCCAACAACAACGACAACACGAACAACGACAACAACAACAACGACACCAUGUCCAACAACAACAACAACAAGAACAACGACAACACCAACAACGACAACGAGAACGACGACAACACCAACAACAACAACACGAACGACUACUACCCCGACAACAACAACACGUACAACCACGACAAGAACAACCACAACACCAACAACCACGACAAGAACAACCACAACACCAACAACCACAACACGAACAACUACGACACCAACAACCACAACACCAACAACCACGACACAAACAACAACAACAAGGGCACCACCCACGCCAACAACCCAGAAGCCAUGGUGUCCAUGGAAGCCAUGCGGACCUGGCGGUAAGCCUUGUGUCGGAUGUCCACGGCGAGGACAGCUCUGCAUGGAGCUGAUCUCUCAAUUGGAGGCGAUUGAACGAAAGAUUAGGAGGUGUGUCUGUGGUGAAAAAGUUUGGUUGUUGCGGUAAGAAGCAGAUGGACCCAGUAUUGUGACCGAUAAGUAACGCCAACCGUUGACUACCAUUUGAAUGAUAUCUACGGAUUGUCAUUCGUAAUCGUUGAUUAUAAAUUUUAUGAUUGUUAUUUUUGUUUUUAAAUAUUUUCAAAUAUAUGUUGUUGCAUUCA